AUGUCUGUUAGUGGUGACGGGCACGAGUUCAUGGAGGUACAGAAGCGCUUAGGUGGUGGGAAGUCGCCCGGGGGCGAUGAGCGUGAGUAUGAUCUUGGUAAAGAGAUCGACAGGACUUUACACGCCAAGUAUGCCUUUGUGACUUUUGAGAAAAGUAAGAUUCACAACGUGGAGGAAUUUCAUCGACGAUUUCUUGAGAAAUUCCCAACGGCGGAGACGUUUGGUUCUCGAGAGUGGCAUGAGGAUGGGACCCCCCAUUACUUCGUGGUGAUUCGGUUUGCGAGUCGAGUCAAGUUUUCGAACGCGAGGAAGAGUUUACUGUUGGAUGGCGAGGAUGGUCGAGUGGUAGUUCGGGUGAAGAGUGUGGACAUGUCUAUUUCGAAUUUUUUGGAAGGUACCCAGGCGUAUUGUGCGAGGCAUGACAACCCGGAUACAUUCGGGACAUGGUUGAAACCUCGUGAUGGGGUGAAGGCACGGACGAAGCGAAAAUACGAAGAGGUUUUGGCCGAGAGUGACUUUGAGACUGAGAAGCGGAAGCUACGGAAGGCGGAUCCUCAUCGUUUCAUAUAUCAAUAUCCGGCGGUAAUCGCACGUCUCAAUGCGAAGAUGAAGAGAUCGCGUGAUGUUAGACGACGGCACGUGGGCCGUUAUGGUGGGGGGAGGGGGGGGGGUUGA